GUUAAACUGACACAGACUACUUUCGAAAUCUAUUUUCAUUUUCGCUUUAGUUGAACAAAUGUUUACAAGUUGCACUGUCAGAAUUCAGAACAUAUUUGAGAACAUUGCGUGAUUUUAUAGAGCAAGAAUGUAGUCAUCAAGUUCCUUAAAAGUACGCACAUGAAAUACAUGUUUAGUACUUAGCUCCCAGCUGGCAGACAAGCAACACUGGUCUGCACAACUUUGAACGUUUGGUAGUGUCUCAGCCCCCUUGCUUGUACGUUGGUGAUUUAUUAAUUGAUUGUAUACAACCAUGUCACAACCAGUUAUAUUUCUCUCACAUGGAGGAGGACCUUCCUUUUAUCUUUCGGCAAAGGAAAAGCCGAUAUUGAAGGGGUUAGACAGAGACUCAAAAGCAGCAGAUGUUCUAAGAACGCUUACAAAAACUCUGAAUCUGCCACGCCCCGACUGUUUAUUGGUUCUCAGUGCUCACUGGGAGGAACCUGUAUGUACCGUCCAUGCCGGGAGACAGCACACUCUGCUCUACGACUACAGUGGGUUUCCUGCGGAUACUUAUAAAAUACAGUGGCCCGUUCCCGGGGCACCAGUCAUUGCACAAAAAGUGAAAGAAUGCCUCAAAGAUGCUGGGAUCACGUGUGCAGAGGAAACCAAGAGGGGUUUGGACCAUGGAGUGUUUGUUCCUUUGAAACUGGUCUAUCCCGAGGCAGAUGUUCCAGUGGUACAAGUGUCCUUAUUGAGAAGUAUGAACAUGGGGGACCACUUAAAGAUUGCUGAAGUGCUCUCACCUCUUAGGCACAGCAACAUCUUGAUCAUUGGAAGCGGUUUUGCUACACAUUCCUUUGGACAAAGAGAUGAACCAGAAAAGUGGGCUAAGGACUUCAAAAUAUGGCUCAAUGAUGUUCUCACCAAUAAGAGUUAUUCCCCUGAGGAUAGGAAAGCAAGAUUACUGGACUAUCAGUCUGCCCCAGGCUUUACAAAGGCCCAUCCCAGUUUGGACCAUUUUCUCCCUCUGGUGAUGACAUGUGCUGCUGCCCAGUAUAACCCUGGUACCAUUCUGCACUCCGAAUUUGUGAGAUCGCUCCUCAAUGAGCAUUACAAGUUUUGAAACACUUUUGUGAUUUCAGUGGGCCGUUAUUAGAUUUAGAUGAACUGGAUACCCGUCUGUAGAUGCUUCGUGUUUAUAUUCAUACUGUAUAUUGAGUCUAUUCUCACCAAACAUUAUUAUCAGUGUGCAAGUCAAUUGUAAUAUUUGCAAUUUUCACCACCCAUCUUAGGUAAAGAACUGUGACCAUACACAGCCAAAAGAAUUUCAUGAACAACUUUGCUCACCAUCAAAGAACACCGAUUUCAUGAACAACCUUGCUCUCCCUUAAUGAACACCGAUUUCAUGAACAACUUUGCUCUUCCAAGUCCAUUCAAGUACACCGAUUUCAUGAACAACCUUGCUCUCCAUCAAAGAACACUGAUUUCAGGAACAACUCUGCUGUCAAAAAAACCCCCAUGUAUUUCAUGAACUUUGCUCUUGGAGAACAUGUUUCAUGAACUUAUUUUUACUAUGUCAGUUAACACAGAUUUCAUGAACGGUUUUGCUCUUCAUCAUGCAAAAACCCCACAGAUUUCAUGAACGGGUUUGCUCUCUGAAAACAUACCAUUACUUCAUGAUCAGGUUUUUUAACUCGUCAAAGACCACAGAUUUCAUGAACAACUUUACUUUCUGUCAAAGAACACAGAAACACACUAUAUGUAAAGCCAAGCUUUAUUGUAUUGAUAUACACAUAUGUGAUAUAUAUCUGUUUAGCAUGUACCACUGUAUACAUUUGUGAUACAAGCAGUGGUAAAAUUUAUAAACUUAACAUGCCCUGAUAAAAAUAAAUGUUUUAAAAACCCCGUAAA